CUCGGCAACAAGAACAACCAGAGGUAAAACCAACAUCAAGUGACCUAAGCACCCACGCACUGCAGAUGUUGCAGUUGUAAUGACUUAGUAACUGUAAGAAAGUGACAACUGAAAUGAAAUUUACUGCAAUUCCAUGACAGCUUGUGGCCGAUGGCUUGUCUAACGCAAAGCCGAAUCUGGGGCAUUGUGUUGUUCUUGAACCUCUUAAACAUUGCGAUGUUCGUUGGUGGUUGGGUCUAUCCUUGGUAUUUUCACCCGACUCUCCCUGCCGUGAAUACCGAGAGUACCCCAGAUCCAGCAGCAGCUGCCGCAGUGGCCACAUCAGGAGGCGGAUCGACCUCGGCUACUGCAGGAAAUGCAGCACCGGCAGCGGUUCCUUUACGGCUGCCACUUCAUCUCGUUCUUCAAGAAACAAAACGAGAUCUGUUUAUCUGUUUCACACAACAUUCGCCACCAGUACUUGAAAGUUGUGAAUCACAUGAGAAGAUAUCCCUCUAAUGGCUGCAUUGCCCUCCGUAGUGUGGGUAGAGGAAUCCUUUCGAGAUCGGCAGUACGUGAACGGCAUGUGGCAGGCACUGGCUUUCUUGGGAAUCAUCGGUGGAAUCUUUUGCUCGUUCGUCUGCAUCGUGAUGCUCUCGUGCGGAGACUCGCUCCUUGCGGCGUUUGGAAUGGGGGUACUAACUUCAUCUAGAACUAGUUGUACUUAGAUGAAGGUACAAUAGUUGUUAUUUCUUGUUCUUCUCUUUGCGGUACAUCAUCUGAAGAGCCGACGACAUUCGACUAUCAUGACAGAGCAGCUUAUAGUUAUAGCACACAUGGUGCAUGGAGCGCAUGGAGCGCAGAUCCAUAAGGGACGCAAAAAGCGCCCCCAUUAGCUCCAUGUAACUCCAUGCGAUCCAUGCACUCCAUGCCAUGCGAGCUGGCAAACCUUACCAAUUACUCCGUUACGAUUAUCGACAAUUAAUAUGAAUUGUUCUCGUAACAAGUGACUUCUCUGAUGCUGAUCAAUGAAUGCUAUAAACGAACAAACACAGGGAUUCGGCGGUUGGCUUGCUGCUGGGGUCAAAGCCAAGAUGACCUUCACAGCCGCUCUCUUUGAGACAAAGGCUGCGGGUUUGUGUGUUGCCGCCAGUCAGAUGCUGUUUGACCCACAAAGGAUACAAGACAAGGUCGAUCCGACACGAUUCUAUCAAGACACCAGUAACUUUGGAAUGUGGCUAGUUUUUUUGGCGUUGUUUUUAAGGCUGAUACUAGUACUCCUGGUAGUUUUAGUUGUCUAUUUUUUGGCUGAUAGUCUGGUAAUUGCUGUAGUUCUAGUUGGAUGUAGUAAUUGUAGGAAGUAGUAGUAGAAGUAGGUUGUAGCUUCCGAUCUCUCUUUUUCCUCGAGUACAGUAUAUCACCUUGCCUGCCGCGAAGUUUAUAUACUCGAAAAACAAAACUAAAACUCGUCACAUGCUUCUACUAAUACUCUUCGCAUGUUUUGCCGACUUGCUUUUGUGCUACUACCCUUGUGCGCCGAACGAUUCUGGUGGCUGGUUCGCCGACAUGAACAGUGGCUUGAAUAGCGGUGAUGUCGAAAAUGCAUACUUUGUUUCUUAUGGAAGAAAUAUCACAAGGACUUAAGGACUUUGAUUAUAUUGCUGCUCAUUAUGAUCGUCAAGGAUUCACAGGUGUACAUCAAGAAGGUAGUUUUUACACCGAUUGGAAGUUCAUACAGUUACGACUGCACUAGAAAAACAGACAGAACUAAGUUGAUGGAUCCAACAUCCUUCAUAUCACACCAGCGCAGGAAAUAGACGAGGACGAAGACGUGAAGAACAGGUUGAGCAGUCAUGGCGUGGACAGAGCAAAAGCGCUCGAUCCGGAACUAGCGAAAAAAAUAGAAGCUGGUAGUUUCAUUUUCAUUUUAGCUGCAUCGUCAGCAAAUUAUUGCCUGUUGGAUUUGGUCCCGUCGUCAGUAAGUUGAUACAACACUUGGUACAGCUGUUAAUGUUCUUAGUCGUGUUCAGAAGGGUUCUGAGAAUGAUUUCAUGUCUCUCCCCUCUUUUCUGUUCGACUUACCCCACGAAUGGGUAAGCUACUACUACUACUACUAAAAACAACACAUGCCUAGACGCACAGAUAUCCAUCUGCAACAACUUCUUCAUAUCUCCUCAGAGGAAGGGAUUCAUUGGGGCAGCGUCUUUGGUUUUGGGAGUACCGAACCCGAAGAAACUGAGGAAAAGAUAAAGAGGGCAUCAAAAGCAGAUGCUUCGGUAACACUAAUGAUUGAAGAAGUUGCUCUUCCUGUCUUCUUUAUGUGGUAUAAUGACUAUCGUAUUACCAUCUUCCCCUAUUAAUCUUAAUCUAUACUAGUAAAAGUAGAACAGCGAGGUCGUCGGGUGUUUUCAAUAUAUUCUUCGUCAUUUCACAUCUCAAUCUUCAUCAAAAUUACAGCCAGCGCAUUUCCAGCCGAUUUUCGACGAUAGUUCUAGCAGUAGUUCCGCUGCGGGGCCACCGCCUCAGAAAAAGCAGAGUAACCGGAAGAAGCGAGGCGCAGAGGGGGAGCAAGGUAGACGUCAAGACAGCAAAAGCAAUGGUUAAGGAUAGGCGCGAUGACUGGAGUGUAUCCUUGAGCUUGACUUUAUUCUGUAAACAUCCAUGGUGGUGGUGCUCAUUUUUCCUGAUAAACGACAAAAACUGCAUCAACCCAAGGAUGCUUUCGAUUUCGUCAAGGAUGCGUAUGGUGCAACUGCAAUGCAUUCUUCUAAAUCAGAGGAGGUAACUACAAACAAGCAUCGUCACCACAAAAAAAGCAGAGAGCAGAGAAGAACAACGGCUUUCAUUUUUAUUAAGAGCAUUUCAAAGUCAAGGACAAUGAGCAUGAAGACUUCAUCUCAGUCUUGAUCUCUACUUGGUCUUCGGAUCGAGAGGUUGAUCGUGAUCAUUGAAUCGAUGACGACCCACCUAUAAGCCUAUUUUUAUGUAGUUCUCCUCUAAUUUCAUGCGUCUGCAAAUGGAAGUAAGGCAAGUCAUGUGGAUGCUGAAUUUCCUGCGCCAUCAGAUAUAGACGAUCAGAUAGGCCACUAUCAAGGGCAUGUUGUAGAGGACGCAGCAUCUGCAUCCACAUCAACAAGCGACGACGUGCCAUUCCACGGCGUUAGGCAGUCAGCGACACCGUUGAGACACUCUGAACGUCUACUAGCGGAAGCGACGUCAAGCAAGGGAGGAGCAACUGGCACAGGCAGUCCAACGGGGGUUGGGUCAUCGUCCAAAGCUACGACCACAAUCGGAGCCGCGCUGUCGCCGAGUGAAGUGUUGCGAGACGAGAGCCCUCCUCCUCCAGCUCCGCCUUUUGCGGGAAUAAGAAAAACAGCAGAUCGAGAAGAUCAGGGUGGCAAGAAGAACCUAAUUAUGGCUGAAAAAAUAUAAAUGAUAAUACUUAGAGAUAGUACUUAGAUAGUAAGCAUAGAAUCUUCACUCAGUACUUGCUGCAUCAACUACUAGCUUAUCAAUAUCAUCCAACAGAGUUUUAGUUUCUAACAUGCGCAGAGCAGAGGGCACAAUGGAUAUUGAAGAUGAAGUGGACGAAGAUCCAGCUCCUACAAGCGGAGGAGCUGCGAGCCAGUUGCCAGCAAAUGCAUCUGCUGGCUCAGGAGGAGCUGCAACGGCAAGUGCUAGUAGUACAUCUGCCCCAUCCGGAGGAGGUGCUAGUACAUCUGCCUCGGGAGGACCUGCAGCUAGUACAUCUGCCUCGGGAGGAGCAACAGCAAGCUCCUCUCCAACAAGGCGACAACGUCCUUCGCGGAGGUCAUCUUCGCUGUUAGGCGACAAACUACUCGCUACGACGGAGAGUGGAGGUGGAAAAGACGCAAAUGACCACCCUCAAGAACAACACGGCAAAGGAAAAGAUGGCCAUGGUCCCAGUGCACAUCAUGAUGAUCAUGAGCAAGACGACCUUGUUCACCCACCUCAUCACGAUAAAGAUCAUCACAAGAAGGGUAAGAAAGGGAAAGGCAAAAACAAGGAUGCGCAUCAUAGCAACAAGGGUAAGGACCAUGAUGCCCAUGUUGAUCACGAGCGUGAUCUUCACCACGAAAAUGGCGAGAGUCCUGAGCAUCAUAAGGAUGCUCAUCACAAGAAAGGAAAAGGCAAGAAGAAAAAGGGCCAACAUCACGAGCACGAAGCAGAACAUCCUGACGCGGGUGACGAGGGGUCAUGGCUCACUGGCAUUACUGAUCUCUUUUCGCUUGGAGGUUAAGGCUUUUUUAAGUAUUCCGUUUUCAACAGUCCAACCGGAGUAUAAUUAUCGUUGUAGUCGAGUCCAAUCGCUUCUAGAUUAGAUACCCGAGUACAAGUAUCGUAGUACUAGUAGUCUAGCUCAAUUGUUAGAUUAGAUCAAGUUAAGUCAGUACAGCACCACACUUCAGAAAUGAGUGUACACGCCUCGAUUAGGAGUAUCCACUCCGGUCAAAGCAAUUAUGUAGAAAACAGCGCUAAUUUGCGGAAGCUGAGCCAGAAGCAGACAGAGAAGGGGAACAUCCGCCUACAGGUGGCAACCCAGAAGCAGCUAGAAGUGGCGACAGCGACCCACCGCCGAGGCACCAUCAUCCGGCGCCUAGAGGCGGUGCGCACGAUGAUGAGGAAGCAGGAUGGUUCAAUUUUGGGUGGGGACAGUGACCUGCUGAACAAUCCUGAUAACUCUAACUCUACAGAAGGAGACAGAUUAUUUUUGCUUUUGGUACCAAUUCCUUUGGUGAAGAUGAAUAUUCUAUUUGGCUCAUACUACAGAUUGCAUUUCUUGCAGUUGUCUCGCUUUUUUUUGACAGUUGGCGCACGCCGUGCGUGUGAUACUUAAAGAUAUCGAAUAUGUCUCAAGCUCAACGUCAGCAACAGAUUCAGAUUCAAUAUCAAACAUAGCGCAGUUUGUCAAAAUCUCCUCGGAUUCCAAGAAAAAGCAGUAAAUUGAAAACGUACAGAUAACAAAGCCUCGCACGAUGCGCAUGGUACCAAGGUCUUUCGUGUGUGGAGCUCCCUUCGUUCCACAUCUA